CCCUCCACCCCAGAAAAAAGGCCAAAAUUAAGCACGAGAAUCUUGAAAACCAAAGCUCUCGUAUACACUUCUUCUUCCUCCUCAAAAUAUUCAUGAAAAAUUCACUAGAAAAAUGACUGACCCGAUUAAUUUAGAUUCGUGUUGUUAUCAUGAUCAUGACUUGGAAACGUCAACAGAAAGAUCGAUUCUGACUUCAUAGAGCCGGUGUUGUUGUUGCCUGUGUUGCACGUAGGACCGUCCCCUACUCCCGUCCAUUCCCAUUUAAGAGAAGCGGUCCGUAUCAAGAAUUUCUCCUUUUUUUCAUGCUCCACUCGAGACGUCUGGUUAAAGAUGAAUCACCAUCAGCUUUGCCGGAAAGUUGUUCAAGUUAAUACUAUAAGGUGGAAAAUAGUUGAAAAAGUUUCUAUAUUUAGAAAGUUUUUAAGGUUCAUUUGGGAAAGAAUUAUGGUUUGUUCAACUGGAAAUUCAGUAACGUACAGAAGAUUGUCUACAAAAUUUUCUGAGGAAUUAUUAGCUGUGGAAUCAUCAGAUGAAACAUUAAUUAGUGGAUAUGAUAGUGAUUCAGAUUUAGUUGCAUUGAAGAUUAGUAUUUUGGGUGAUUGCCAGAUUGGGAAAACAAGUUUUGUGAUAAAGUAUGUGGGAGAUGAACAAGAAAACAUGUGUUUGGAGAUGAAGGGAUUAAAUUUAAUGGAUAAAACAUUAAUUGUACGAGGUGCAAGAAUUGCUUUUAGAAUAUGGGAUGUUGGAGGUGACCAUAGUUCAUAUGAUCAAAUUCCAAUUGCUUGUAAAAAUUCAGUUGCAAUUCUCUUCAUGUUUGAUCUCACUAGUAGAAGUACUUUAAACAAUGUAAUAGAUUGGUACAGUGAAGCAAGAAAGUGGAAUCAGACUGCUAUUCCAAUACUAAUUGGGACCAAGUUUGAUGAUUUUGUCCAGCUUCCACUAGAUAUUCAAUGGUCUGUUGUCACUCAGGCAAGGGCAUAUGCAAAGGCAAUGAAAGCAACUCUCUUCUUCUCAAGUGCAACACAUAAUAUCAAUGUGAAUAAGAUCUUCAAAUUCAUUAUGGCCAAGCUAUUUAAUUUGCCUUGGACUCUCCAAAGAAAUGUCACCAUUGGUGAGCCCAUUAUUGAUUUCUAGAAAUUCUGACGGACACUAGCUCUAUAGAAUUUACCUUUCACCUCGACCGUCCCCAAUAUCAUUCAGUAUCAUAUAGCAUUGCCGGUUUUAUAGAUGUUUUAUAGGACUUAUCUUUCACCUCUACCUUUACAAAUAUCAUUAUGUUAUUUGUAAAUAGUAAUCUCUAGCCAAGGGCCCAUCGAAAACAACCUCUUUAUCUUCCUAGGGUAGGGUAAGGUCUGUGUACGCACUACCCUCCCCAGACGUCACUACUGUAAUUUCACAGGAUUUGUUGUUGUUGUAAAUAGUGAUCUCAUCCUCACUC